AUGCCUAUUGUUCCCAUCUACCUUGGCCGGAGUAGCUCUCAAUUGACCGAUCGUCUAUACUCUGCCGAUGACCUCUACACCAUUCGGCAAGGAGACAGUGAGCCCCUUCGGGAGUUUGCAGCCAGAUUCAGCCACGAGUAUUCUCGGUGCCCAGAAAUCGACGACCGAGCAGCCUUCGACGCCUUCAAAAGUGGUCUCCAAGCCUCCCAAUUCCGCUACCUAGUACACAGCAGCAAUUGGACCACCUAUGGCGAACUCAUGAAGCAAGCAGCCAUUCACGCCAAGGACGAACACUUCAACUCUAACGGAAUGCCUUCGGCAUCUCCUGGCCAGACGGCAAGCACAAAUCAACCUUCGGCAUCCACCUAUGACCGUUUCCCACCGCACUAG